GCAGCUCCCCGGCUUGGGCUGGAGCAAGAGCCGGGGUUGCUUUAUUAUCAGCUGGAGGGAGGAGGAGACGGUGCGUAAAGCGGCGAGCACGGCUCCUCGAGCCCUGCCGCCGUGGGCUGCGCCUCUCUCGCCGGCCGCACUCCCUCCCUUUGGCGGGCAGCGGCCGUCCGAGCCCCCGCAGGUAGCAGCGCCAGCUCCGCCACCUGCCCCCGCUCCGCGCGUUUUGCAGCAUCAUCGGGAGCCGCCGCAGGGGCAGGCGGCGCCGCUGUCCGCCCGCCCGCGGGGCCGGAGGCAGGUGCCGCGCCGCGCGGGCGGUCCCGCUCACCCUCCUUCGCCUCAGCGUUCCAGUGCUGUUCCUGCCGGGCCACUGGGGCGAGCACCGCCCGGGGGCGGCUGCGGCGCGCCCAUGUGAGCCCCGGCAGCGGGUUGACCGCCUGUGUCGCGGAAGUCUGCACACCCUCGGGGCUUGAGCCCCGGCAGCCGCGGCAGCGGGAGCAGAAGGAGGCCGUCGGGGCAGCUCUGGAGUGAACGGGGGCAGCAUGAUGUCCUGGCGGCGGAGGCCGGGGCCCGGCCUGGCAAGGCUGUGGGGCUUGUGCUGCCUAGUGCUAGGCUGCUGGCGGGGUGGGCUGGGCUGCCCCGCGUCCUGCAACUGCAGCUCCUGGCGGAUCUGGUGCGUGGAGCGGGUGCCGGGCAUCGCCUCCUUCCCCGUGCCGCAGCGGAGCGCCGAGGGCGACAAUGUCACCGAGAUUUACAUCGCAAAUCAGCUAAAAUUAGAAAGUAUCAAUGACAAUGAAGUUGGAUUUUAUGUUGGACUUAAAAAUCUGACUGUGGUGGAUUCAGGCUUGAGGUUUGUGUCCCGCCAUGCAUUUGUGAAAAAUGUCAAUCUACAAUACAUCAAUUUAUCCAGAAACAAACUCUCAAGUUUGUCCAAGAAGCCUUUUCACCAUCUGGGUUUGUCUGAUCUGAUAUUGGUGGACAAUCCGUUCAAGUGUUCCUGUGAAAUCAUGUGGAUCAAGAAAUAUCAAGAGACCAAGUCUUACACAGAAACUCAGGAUUUAUAUUGCACAGAUGACAACAACAAGCAGACAGCAUUGCUGGACAUGAAGGUCCCAGACUGCGACAUGCCCUCAGCAAACUUAAGCAAUUACAACAUCACCGUGGUGGAAGGAAAGAGCAUCACGUUGUACUGUGAUACUACUGGUGGGCCACCCCCUAAUGUGUCCUGGGUGCUUACCAAUCUUGUUUCAAACCACGAGAGUGACACGAGUAAGAACCCUGCCUCGCUAACCAUAAAGAAUGUUUCGUCCAUGGACAGCGGACUGUCAAUUUCCUGUGUAGCAGAGAACAUUGUGGGAGAGGACCAAGUCUCUGCUGAGCUCACAGUAUUCUUUGCACCAAAUAUCACAUUUAUUGAAUCUCCAACCCCGGACCACCACUGGUGUAUUCCAUUCACUGUGAAAGGGAACCCUAAGCCCACACUACAGUGGUUCUAUGAGGGGGCUAUACUGAAUGAAUCUGAAUACAUCUGUACUAAAAUACACGUUAUCAAUCAAAGUGAAUACCACGGCUGCCUUCAGCUGGACAAUCCUACCCACCUGAACAAUGGUGCUUAUACCUUACUGGCAAAGAAUGAGUAUGGAGAGGAUGAAAAACGAGUUGAUGCACAUUUCAUGUCAGUGCCUGGAGAUGGUAGUGGCCCAAUUGUGGAUCCAGACGUUUAUGAGUAUGAAACCACGCCUAAUGAUCUUGGAGACACCACAAAUAACAGUAAUCAAAUAACCUCUACAGAUGUUUCCAACAAAGAGAAUGAAGAUAGCAUCACUGUGUAUGUUGUGGUGGGAAUUGCAGCACUGGUGUGUACUGGUUUAGUAAUAAUGCUCAUUAUUCUGAAGUUCGGAAGACACUCUAAGUUUGGGAUGAAAGUUCAUGGUGAAGUAAAAGGAGUUGGUCUGGUAGAUCAAAUAUGGCUUUCACUGCAAGACUGCGACAGUGAAGAACAAGUAAUGGUGACUGUCAACAGUGAUGUACAUAAUAACUCAACUGCAUCAGAUAACAGGAGACUAGGUUUUGUUUUAUUUCAUAAGAUCCCACUGGAUGGGUAAAUGAAAUAAGGAAAGAAUGAGAGAGGGGCUGUUGAGCUUGUGGAAGCUGUAUGCUGCACACUAGGGAGUGGACAGUUGUCUUGCCCACUGAAGUGCCAUCUCCCUUGGAAUUCUCAUUUAGACAUUGUUUGUGUUUGGAGAACUGUAGAAAAAUCUUCAAAUCCGUAGCUGUUUUGCAAGAGCAGGGCUAAGCCAAGCCUUGAGGCAGCUAUAACAUUCAAGAAAGUCCGGAAAUAAGCUAUGACACUUUUCCUAUUGUGUUGUCCUCACUGUGUCUUCCAAAAUGACAUUGAGAUGAAAUUGCAUUACAUUGGUUUGUCUGUCAUUUUUUUUCUGUUUGAACUUAACUGGAAAAAAAAAUGUUUUUAUAAGUAGUAUUUAUCAAAGGUGAACUGCAAAGUUGCUUUUAUUUUAUUGCAUUAAUAGCUCUGCAAAACUUUGACGUGUGCUUCAUUUGAGUGUUUGUACACGUCAUUGAUUUUAGUGGAAAUGCUCACAUCUUUAGAGUUUUUGUGUAGUUUCAAUGUAUGACCUUAAAUCCUAAAGCAGUAAAUUGCAGAGCUGGCCCUGCAAGUUUAAGUAUGUGGUUCCACUGACUUUACCAGGAGGAUGGAAAGUAUGAGCUGUGUGGAGAAAGGUGGCAAGUGUUUAUUAGUACGUUUAAGUAUUGAACCAACGUCGACACACGCACAUUGAGUUCAAUGCAUGCCAUUCUUGUUCAGGGUAGUCCUUAGAUAUCAGUAAGUGUACAAAUCUUUCCUAAGCUGGAAUGCCAAGAACAAGAAUAACAGCACUAUGUGGUUGAUCCUUCAGACUGUAUACUUAUAGGCCUGUUUAACUGUUGGUGUUUAACUGUGAAGUAUACUUCAUAGUAUGCUUCAGUGUACUUCAGUGAAGAGCCUACUCUUUUCUGAGAAGAGUAUACUGUAACAAGCGAAGCUAAGCAAAGGCACAAGCAUUUUGUAAGAGUAGUGACUGCAUUUAGAUACAGUGCUAGGCAUUCGUUUUCAUGCUAUUUACCUAUCUUGAGUUUAUAUCUUGAUAUUUUCAGUUUAGGGAAUAAUAAAAGACAGACUUAUUAGGUUUUUAUUUAAACAAGUUAGCUACAAAGACUGGCAACAAAGGACUGGCAUAGAUGCUUGCAUUUCUAUGUGCUUUGAUUACAUUUAUGAGCUAUGGUUUGAUUUUAAUUCUUGGCAAUUAUAUUUAGUUAAAAAGAAGAUAUUAUGUUGUUUUGUCUGACCUGCUUUGCUCUUACUAAUUUUUUGCUUCUAAAUUUCAGCUAUUUUCACUCUUUCACUGAAACACUGUUGUCUUUUCUAUUGUGAUGAUCAUUUACAACAUACAUCAUCCCUCUCUACAAUACUGUCUUGACUCUGUGACUCUUUAUCCCCGCAUUGCUUGCCCUUUGGCUUUUAAAAGUCUUACUCUGAUUUUUUUUCCUUGCGUUCUCCUCAAUCUCUCACACCCAAGUUCCUUAUUCCUGCUAUGCUGAAGUUUUCAACAUAUCCUUGUUAGUCAAGAAAUAGGCCCGAAUUUGCAUUCCUCUAGGCUUGUGUAGUGAGAAAUUUAUUUUCUCUUGACACUGACUAUGGAAGGGGAAUUGCAGUUGCUGAAGUUCUUGCUUUCAUUUUCCAAAAUCUGUCCCAAAGAUGUGUUCUUCUCCCCACAUUAAAGAAGAGGACAGAGCUGGAAGUCUACUGAUGACCUAGGAAUUAUGGUGUAUUUGUUGCCCUGCACAUACUGUGGUAAUCUGGGGAGGGAUGGCUGUAAUUAAGGAUAUCCAUCACAGUUCCUCUUUGAAGUUAGAUGUCAACAAGUGUUCUGCUAUUCCGUAGAAACAAUAUUUAGAAUAUUUGCUUCUUUCCUCUGUAAGUCUAUGUGGACAUAUCUCUCUCUUUUAUUUUAGAGAGAUACUAACUUUCUCUUCUGCUUCCUAAUUAUCUUUUAAUUAUUCUUCUCAGAAUUCUUGCUUACCUAUAAUCUCUUGUCUUGAAAUAAUACCUGAUGCCACUGAGCUGGUUCUAAAUCAGUGGAGAAUUCUUUAGAUCAGCAAUAUUUUAACUAAAGUCAGUGGAAUUACAUAAAUUGUAAGCUGGAUCAAGAGCAGAGCUUGACCCAGUAGCCCAGAUUGGAGUCUGAAGUUUUGCUGGAACAAAGUCAACAUAUUUCAGUCAUAUAUAUCCACAGUUUAUUGCCAAAUAAAUGAGUUGAGAAUCUGAAUGCUUUCCUUUAGGCUGGGAAUAAGCAAACUUGUGAAGCUGGAAUUUGGCAGUUGAUUUUUGAAAUAUUUAAUUUUAAAAGGUAGUUCUUUCUGAUUCAUAGUAUUUAUAUGCAUAAACUUGCACAGUAAUUGAUUGGGGAUUUUACAUAAUUUUGUAAUUUAUUUUGUAGCACUUUGCAGUUCAUCUUUAUGGUGUAGGAGCAGGUUUGACCUUCAGAUAUUUCACCAUGUACUGACGUAGUAAUUUGGAUUUCAUGUAACCGUGGAGGUAAUUUUAAUAAACUGCAACUGAUUUAUGCACCAGUGAAAUACAUAUAUAUAUAUAGAAUAGAAUAGUAUUCUUACAUAUUUUGUACUGUAUCUUUUUAUAUUAGCCACUCAGUGCGCUAUUACUUGGUGCAGAUAUUCACAGAGCCUUAUGGAUUACAGCACAUGGUUUGUUACUACUAAUGUAUUUUUGCAGAUGUGUAAUGCUUGAUGGAAAAAAGACUAUGUGUUCCUAAAAAGAUUUCUUUUCAGUAUGUGGACAAAGCCUCUUAAAUGUAAGGAAGAUAAACUUCUAAUGUGGAAAUUGUAAUACCUGUAAUCUCCUAUCUUUCAGCUUGAUUGUAAGUGAUGUUGGUUGUAGAUUGGUGAUUCUGAUCUGCCCAAAUGGUGUUGUUUUACAAAAGGGCUUAACUAAUUCCCAGUUCCUGACCUCCUUGAAAUAAAUUGAGAUUCAAACUAAGAAUCAUGUAGGCACCAUUAAUGUGGUAAAAGUUGAUGAACAUCCAGGAUUUGAUAUUAAAAAGCUUCUGUAUUGUUUCACUGAGCAAUAAAAAAAGGCUAUAAAAUGUCUAAA